AUGUGCCGUGCUUUGGCGUUAGCUGCGCAUGUUGCGCCCCUGGCUGCCUACGCAACACGCAAGCGGGAGGCCACUGUGCGAUGCGAGACGAGCUAUGUGGAAGCCCAGUUCAUGGGCCUCCACCACAAGGGCUUUGUGCGAUUGGGAGACUGGCAUCCCGUGACACUUUGGCCUCCGUUGUCUUUCGGCAGCAUCUGGGAGACUGGCAGAUACUUCGCCAACCUCCGGCGGCCAUCCGUGACAGUGAAGGUCUUCAAUGCCAGAGAGCAAGAAGCCAUGGAAGGCUUGUCGAAGCGCGAGUUCUUUGAGAAGCAUGGCUUUGUACUGCUGGAGAGGAAGACGCAGAUGCGAGCAGAGGACUGGACACGGUGCGCCCCGAAGACCUUGGACCUCUCCAACUUCACCGGUGUUGGAAUGCCAAAGAUAGAGACGCCGAUCUCUCGCAUCUAUGCCAGGGAAGUGGAGGAAAUGGUCAGGGAGCUGAUGCCAGAUGCCAAAGAGGUGGAGCUCGAUCCGCUUUGUGCUCGUCGUGGUCCGGGCACCAAGAACCCGACGUAUUCCUUCGCAGUGCACCAGGACUACGGGUUCACCGCGGAGGACUGGCCUCUGGCGGAUCACGGCUUCAAAGCCCGGUUCCAGGAGCCCGCCGUGAAAGGCUUCAUGGCCGUCAACUUUUGGCGCCCCGUGGCGCCCAUGAAGCACCCGGUGAAGAAGGCGCCCCUAGCGGUGUGCGACCCCGCCACCGUCAAGAUGGAGGACACAGUGCCCAUCAACAUCCGCUGGGACGAGCUGGGCUAUGUCAAGAUGCUGGCGCUGGCGCACGAUGAUGAGCAGCGCUGGUACUACUAUCCGGACAUGACCACGGACGAGGUCCUGGUCUUCAAGUCUUUCCAGUACUUCAAGAGCCAACAGGGCCCCGAGCUCCACACUUGCUUCCACACAGCAUUCGAGGACCCCACCUGCCCCGCUAGCGCGGAGCCGCGCCAGAGCGCGGAGUACCGGGUGAGGAUCUGGUUCUGA